CAUACAUGCAGCCAUUCAUUCUGCAACAGUCAGCAACACGCGAAAGUCUCAACACACACCACCAGUCACAUCACCGUCAGUCAGUCGCGUCCAUCCACCCCCCUUGGUCGCAGCAACAGCGGCAAAUCAGCCCCUGCUGCGUGCGUGCGUCUUGCUUCCACGCGUCCGUCCCCCGCCGUGCUCAGACGUCGGCGAUGGUGACCUCGACCUCCACCCCAGGCUCGAUAGAGAUGGAGGUGAUCUGCUUCACCACGUCGGAGGGCGAGUGCAGGUCAAUCAGCCGCUUGUGGAUACGCAUCUCGAAACGGUCCCACGUGUUGGUGCCUGCACACACGACACACCGUUGUGCUGAUCUGCCUCUGCCUGUCUCGUGUCGCUCCCUCCCUCCCAGCUCACCCUCUCCGCAUGGUGACUUGCGCGUGGUGAUUCUGAGGGUCUUGGUGGGCAGCCUCACGGGUCCCUUCACCUGGAGGUUCUUCUCCUUAGCGCCGCUGAUCAAAUCGCUGCACACUGAACACACACAGACACCCACGACAACCGCAGACACUCACCCCACGUUGGCAGACGGCCUUGGCGGCGGUGUUUUCCCCCUCUCUUCCCCUCUUGGUGGUGUGUGUAUACCUUUCUCGAGCGAUUUGACGUUCUUGCUGGUGAGGGUGAUGCGGAUCUUGUGCAUCCGCGUUUCGUCCCCUCCCUCGCCCAUCCCGGCCUUGCCGGCCGCCACUGGCUUCAUCGCUGUCGCCGUAGCCAUGCUG